AUGAAGCGUGAGGAUAAAUUUGUGUCCAAAGCGCAUACCCAAGACAUUCAAGGAAACGAACCUACUCCAGUGUCGUCAUCUGAAUAUUCAAAUUUCAUCGACCCACGUUUAUUAGAGGUUGAAGCGCCCCACUCAGUAUUUGGGAAUCACAAAAUAUCGUCAAGAUUUCAGAACCAGUCAUCGCGGGACAGCCCCGACGGAUCGGAAGACAGCACACCAGAGUCUUUAGAGAUUCAAAUUAUGACACCGCAAAAUUUCGCUAUCAAGAGCUACGAGCAGGCGGAACUUGCGGUACUUGAGUAUUGUGAGUCGGAAAGUACUCCGGGGUUUACAAUUAGCAGUGGUUGGUCGGAAACGUUCUUCCCUUAUCAGCAUCUUAGUUUCGAAACGGGGGAUGAGUAUCAGGAGCCAACAAAUAUGGUAUUUGAUACAUGUUAUCGGCGUGAAUUGGGAACCUACGGGCAGUGCUAG